UUUAGCUUUCCUUUCUCUUCCUUUCUCUCCAUUCUCAGUUUCUCGCUUCCUCCGAGAUUUGCUCUGCUUAAUUGGAUCCAGAUUACCAAAGCAAUCAGCUCUAAUUUUCAGGUCAUUGGAUUGUGCACUGUACCAGUUGUCCAUUGGUCCACUUCACUCAGAAGCCAGUUUUACUGCUUAAGCUCCUUGGGAAGAGACCUUUACCUCUUGAGGUGAGGCCUUGACCUCUUCAAGGACUACUAUAAUUUCUAUUCAAGAUGACAGUUAAAACUCCUGGCACACCUGCUUCAAAGAUAGACAGGACCCCAGCAACCACCCCUGGUGGUCACAAAGGAAAGGAGGAGAAAAUUGUUGUGACAGUGAGGUUGAGACCACUGAAUAAAAGGGAACAAUCAGCAAAAGACCAUGUAGCAUGGCACUGUGUUGAUGAUCACACCAUUGUCUAUAAACCAGCACCCCAGGAGCGUGCAGCUCAACCAGCCUCAUUUACAUUUGAUAAAGUAUUCAGUCCUGAGUGUUCAACUGAAACGGUAUAUGACGGAGUAAAGGAUGUGGCUUUGUCUGCUUUAAUGGGUAUCAAUGCAACAAUAUUUGCCUAUGGACAAACGAGCAGUGGGAAGACUUAUACAAUGAGAGGGAUCACGGAAAAAGCAGUCAAUGAUAUCUAUAUGCAUAUUUUGAAUACUCCAGAAAGAGAGUUCAGGAUAAAGAUAUCCGGAUUAGAAAUUUACAAUGAGAACGUAAGAGACCUUUUGAAUUCAGAAUCUGGCCGUAAUCUCAAACUUUUAGAUGAUCCUGAGAAAGGAACCAUGGUUGAGAAAUUGGUAGAAGAAACAGUGAAUGAUGAUCAACAUCUAAGAAGCUUAAUCAGUAUUUGUGAAGCGCAAAGACAAGUUGGUGAGACUGCCUUAAACGAUACCAGUUCAAGAUCACACCAGAUAAUCAGGCUGACAAUAGAAAGUACACUUCGUGAAAGUGCAGAUUGUGUCCGAUCCUAUGUUGCUAGUUUGAACUUUGUUGACUUGGCUGGAAGUGAAAGAGCCUCGCAGACAAAUGCAGAUGGUGCUAGACUUAGGGAAGGCUGCCAUAUAAACCUUAGUUUGAUGACUCUUACCACUGUGAUCAGGAAGUUGAGUGUGGGAAAAAGAAGUGGUCACAUACCCUAUAGAGAUUCAAAGUUGACUCGCAUAUUGCAACACUCACUUGGUGGAAAUGCCCGUACAGCCAUCAUAUGUACUCUCAGUCCAGCAUCUAGUCACGUAGAGCAAACCCGCAACACUCUCCUGUUUGCUACACGUGCAAAGGAAGUGACAAAUAGUGCACAAGUUAACAUGGUGGUUUCAGAAAAACAGCUGGUUAAGCAUUUGCAAAAGGAAGUAGCCAGAUUAGAAGCAGAACUACGCACACCUGAUCCAUCUAAUGAGAAAGAUUUUAAAAUUCGUCAGAUGGAGAUGGAGAUGGAGGAACUGAAGCGCCAAAGGGAUCUUGCACAAUCAGAAGUAGAUGACCUGCGUCGAAAACUGCAGGAUGAACAGCAGCUGAAGCCCUCUGAGUCAUCAAGCCCAGUUGCAAAGAAGUGUCUUUCAUUUUCUGCAGUACUGUCUUCGAACCUUGACGGACAGGAGCCAGGUCGUCUUGAUAGAACUAGAAAUACCAUGGGAAGGCAGACAAUGAGACAAUCAUCAACUGCUCCUUUCACACUUAUGCAUGAAAUUAGGAAACUUGAGCAUCUCCAAGAGCAACUUGGAGAAGAAGCAAAUCGAGCACUGGAAAUACUGCAGAAGGAGGUAGCAUGCCACAGGCUAGGUAACCAAGAUGCUGCAGAGACUAUUGCUAAACUGCAAGCAGAGAUAAGGGAGAUGCGUUCUGUCAAGCCAGCUCCCAAGGAAGUUGAAGUCAAUAAUGUUGUUGCUGUCAAUAAGAGUGUCGGAGCAAACCUCAAGGAAGAGAUAACUAGACUUCACUCGCAAGGAAGCACCAUUGCUGAUCUCGAAGAGCAGCUGGAAAAUGUUCAGAGAUCAAUUGACAAAUUGGUUAUGUCUCUUCCUGCCAACACAGAACAGGAACCAAACUCUGAGAACUCGCCUCUGAAGUCCAAGAAUCAAUUGAAAAGGAAAAAGUUGCUUCCACUUGCUUCAAGCAACAGUAUAAACAGGCAGAACUUCAUAAGAUCACCAUGCUCUCCACUGUCGGCUACUCAAGAUGUAUUGGAUAAUGAUAUAGAAAAUCAUGCUCCACAAUAUGAUGAAGCUCAACCAGUGGCUGAGAAAGAGACUCCCUCAAAGAGUGAAGAUACUUCUUCAAAGGAAGGGACUCCAUACAGACGUUCAAGUUCUGUUAACAUGAGGAAAAUGCAGAAGAUGUUUCAACAUGCAGCAGAAGAGAAUGUUAGAAGCAUCAAAGCAUAUGUUACUGAACUUAAAGAGCGUGUUGCCAAGCUCCAGUACCAAAAGCAACUUCUUGUAUGCCAGGUACUUGAGCUUGAAGCAAAUGAAGCAGCUGGAUAUGAUUUGGAGAAUGAUGAAGGCAUCCCUCCAAUCCAAGAGGAAUCUCCAGCAUCUUGGCAAGCAAUUUUUAGAGAGCAAAGACAGCAGAUUAUUGAAUUAUGGGAUGUUUGUCAUGUUUCCAUAAUUCAUAGGACACAGUUUUACUUAUUGUUUAAAGGUGACCCUGCUGACCAGAUAUACUUGGAAGUAGAACUGAGGCGUUUGACUUGGCUGCAACAGCAUCUAGCAGAGCUUGGAAAUGCAAGCCCGGCUCACACGGGAAAUGAGCCCACAAUCUCUUUGUCAUCCAGCAUCCGAGCAUUGAAGCGGGAAAGGGAGUUUCUUGCGAAGAGGUUGAAGCGUUUGCCAGAGGAAGAAAGAGAUGCACUGUACAUAAAAUGGGAUGUUCCACUGGAAGGACAGCAAAGGAGGAUCCAGUUCAUCAAUAAGCUCUGGAGGAAUCCACAUGAUGAAAAGCACGUUAAAGAGAGUGCCGACAUAAUUGCCAAGCUUGUAGGGUUAUGCGAAAGUGGAAAUAUGUCAAAAGAGAUGUUUGAGCUCAAUUUCGUGCUUCCAUCUGAUAAGAGGCCAUGGAUUGUCGGUUGGAACCAAAUCUCAGAUCUUCUUCAUCUGUGAAAGAUAACAAUUCCUUUGUGUAAUUAGAUUAGGGAAUUAUGUUCUUUUCCUGUAUAUUGAUUUUGGAGACUCCUAGAAUUUUGGAGUCUAUUGGAUUUGUUCUUGUUAAUUACAUGCUGCUGAAUUCCAUUCACCUUUCAUUAUUGAAUUUGAGUGCA